AACAAAACUAACCACCUAACAAUUGCUGAAAUCGAUGAAAUCAGCUCUCAUCAGUGGGAAAAAAGGAAGAACUCAAAAACCCCAAUAUAAUUCCAAGUUCUAAUUUGGAUCUUUGCAAGGCUAAAUUUCUGCAACAUUGAGGUCUGAAGCUCGUUAUGGUUUACCACUCUAGUUUUGUUGAUGAGGAAGGCGUAACAAAAGCUUGUGGUUGUCCGCUACUUGCUUUAAAAAGCCAUAUCAAGGGUCCUGCACCAAUUUCUGAUCAAGAAAGCACUGAUAUUGUUGAUGAAGCAAUUACCUUUUUCCGCGCUAAUGUCUUCUUUAGGAAUUUUGACAUAAAGAGCUCUGCUGAUAAGCUGCUUAUCUACUUAACUUACUAUAUCAACGUUGCAUUGAAGAGGCUCGAGGGAUGUAGAACAUUGGCUGAAGGUACCAAGGCAAUCAUAAACUUGGGUCUUGAGGAUGUUCCAGUCCCUGGAGAGUCUGGGUUUCCUUUCCCUGGUUUAUUUACACCUCCUAAAUCGCAGCAGGAAGCACUGUUAUUCAGAAAUUACCUGAAGCAGAUAAGAGAAGAGACAAGUGGGAGACUACUGGGUGUUGCUUAUCGUCCUAAUGGAACACCAAACAAAUGGUGGUUGGCGUUUGCUAAGAGGAAAUUCGUGAACAUCAUCGCACUUUGAUCAGCUGCUUGCUCGAAGUGUCAGAAAGAAAGAGGAAUGAGAGCAGCAUCCAGUUGCAACAAGAUGCGAAAUAUGUCCUGGUGUGAUGAAAAGGACGUACAAGAAACUCAUUGUAUGUGUCUGCCUCACGUGCCCAUAGAGCUCCCUCUUCCAUUAUCUCCUGCAACUCCUUGGACUUCUUUCAAGUAGGCAAUCAAAUUGAUGAUUAGCUGAAUAGUGUCUUGUAGGAAUCUACUAACCAUAGCACAGAAACCUGUUAAACAUAUAAUAUCUUAUUGUAAAUGUUACAAAAAAAAAAAAAAAAAAAAAAAAACUGAAUUUGAAGAAAUUAAUGUCAUCACUUAUUCUGGUCAUGGUGUUAUAUGUUAAACAUGCUGUAUUGUGGUUUACAGUUUACUAUAGUAUUUAAAAAUUUCAACAUUUCAGGAUACUAUUUAAAGAUUGUGUUGUCCAGCAUGAUGCGAAGUCUGCGAGCCUUUUUUAUUUUUUAUUUUUUUAUUUUUUAUGCACAUAGGGUAAAACGAGCAAAAAUGAGUCUACCCCUCUACCGAAUAAAAUUACAUAACAAAAUUAUAACAGCACAAACUAUUAUGAAAAUUCUAUAUCGUUACACUUUUUUUCUUUUUUUUUUUUUUUUUCAUGGAGUACUUUAUUUUUUUAUGUCAAAAUUAAUUAUAAAUGUUUAGCAAGUAGUCAAAAACGAAUAGUAACAUAAAGAGCAUAAACAUCAUUAUAAAAGUAAAAGCACAUAAAAUUGUAAAAUAAACAACUAUUAAAUCACAUAAUAAAUCACAUUUAUUAAUAAAGCGCGAUGCUUCAUAAUAAGUUGUGGUUUUACCCGUU